AUGAAAGUGCCUUUUAGUGUGGCAUGUGGAAUUAAACAAUAUUGCCCCGGCAAACCAAAUCCAGUUGGUAUGAAAGCCUCUGUUCUUGCAAAUCCCAGUGGAAUAGUGACAGAUUUUCAUAUCUAUCAAGGGUCAACCACUUACAAAGAGUUAGAAGAUUCAAACCAUGUAUUGGGAGAGAAAGCUGUAAUCACUUUAGCUAAUACACUUGUCCCAGAACACAUCUUUUACUUCGACCGAUACUGCACCUCAAUGAAACUGGCAAAUGAACUUCUAAAGAGAGGAAUUGGUUGCACAGGCACUAUCAUAAAGACCAGAAUUCCAGCUGCUGCACGCUUUUAG